AUGCAACUCCACACACCAACGCUUAGCGAGGAGAUUUCUGACAAUCAACCAAUCCCACCACAGGAUCUAUCACCAAAAGUUCCAUUACCUCAACGACUCAAAAAGAAUAAGCUUGAUAAGCAAUUUUCUAAAUUUUUAGAUGUGUUUGAAAAAUUGCAUGUUAACAUUCCUUUUGCAGAAGCUCUCAAUCAAAUGCCAAGUUAUGUGAAAUUUAUGAAGGACAUCUUGUCAAAUAAGAGGGGAUUGGAAGAAUAUGAGACAGUAGCCCUUACUGAAGAGUGCAGUGCAAUUCUACAAAAGAAAUUGCCUCCAAAGCUCAAGGAUCCAGGGAGUUUUACUAUCCCUUGUUCAAUUGGAAAUUCUAUGUUUGAAAGAGCUUUAUGUAACUUAGGUGCAAGUAUUAAUCUUAUGCCUUUGUCUAUUUUUAGGAAACUUGGACUAGGUGAGGCGAGACCUACUACAGUAUCAUUGCAAUUAGCGGAUCGCUCAAUAAAACACCCAAGGAAAAUUAUUGAGGAUGCGCUUGUUAAGGUGGACAAGUUUAUUCUUCCAGCCGACUUCCUCAUUCUAGACCUGGAGGAGGAUAGGGAAAUUCCUAUCAUUCUUGGCAUACUAUUCUUAGCUGCUGGCUGA